UGCCUAGCAGAGAAAAGAAAAAAGUUCAGGAGAGUCCUCCUGAAGAGGCAAGGCGGGCUCCAAGACCCACUCAGUGCUGGACAUCAGCAAAGCCGGCUCACAGGAAAUGAUCCAUUCCGUGUGGUCACUUAUUCUGCUUUCUCUCACUCUCAAAGUUCAAGGAGUGAAAUGAAUGACGACAGACAAAGAGGAGCAGGGGAGCUUUACUUCUUCACUUCUGUCUUGGAGAAAAGAGAAGACAUGAAACUCACUGUCCCGCAGGGGAAAGGCUCUCCAUGGCCAGCCACCCUUUUCCUGACCCUUCUGUCCGGUGGCCUGGCACUGGUGGCUCUGCACCAAAUGUUCACCCUGCAGGCUGAGCUGGGGAGUCUCCGGCGUGAACUUCAGGCUUAUCAGAGCAGGACUGAGCUCCUGCAGGGGCAGCAGGAGGAGAAAGCAGGAACCUCUUCUACCAUUCUUCAGCCACAAGCUGCUGCCAUCGCAGGAGUCCAAGAGCUGGGGGUGCUCCCUCUGGCAGGAGAAAGCAGUCCUCAAAUCAGCCUUCGACCGAACAGACGGAGCAGAAGAAGCGUUCCCGACUCAGAGGAAACGAGACUACAAGACUGCUUGCAGUUGAUUGCUGAUGGUAAAAGUCCCACAGUACAAAGAGGUCCGUAUACCUUUGUUCCUUGGCUUCUCAGUUUUAAAAGAGGAAAAGCCCUAGAAGAAAAAGAAAAUAAAAUACUUGUUAAAGAAACUGGUUACUUUUUCAUCUAUGGCCAGGUUCUGUACACAGAUACCACCUUUGCUAUGGGACAUCUUAUACAGAGAAAAAAGGUCCAUGUUUUUGGAGAUGAACUGAGUUUGGUGACUUUGUUCCGCUGUAUCCAAAACAUGCCAGCAACGCUCCCUAAUAAUUCCUGUUAUACAGCUGGCAUUGCAAAGCUGGAAGAAGGAGAUGAACUUCAACUUGCAAUACCUCGUGAGAGUGCCAAAAUAUCUCAGGAUGGAGAUGGCACUUUUUUUGGUGCACUGAAGCUGCUGUGACAUACUUUUGAUCACCAUGUUUGUGGCUAUUUCCUUCCCUUUUUCUAUACCUCCCAGCGUCUGGGGGUGGGGGAUGGUGGAGGGGAAAGGAAACAAAGUAUCAAAAAAUGGUUAGUCUUUUCCUUGAACCAUUUGUCCUGAUUUGAUGAAUCCAGACCAAAACAGGAAACUCAACAGACAACCAUGAUGAAAUUAUAGUCAUAUGAAUGAUGAGAAAUUUGGCAUAGAAAUCAUUUUUAACUUCAUUGGCAUAUUUUGCCCUUGGACUAUGUUUUCAUUUUCAGGAGGUUUCUUUGACUUAAAUGGACAAUGAGGAUUCAUUCAAAAGACACAUUCUAUAGUUUAAUAAAAGUAAGUGAGGGCACCCACAAAAUAUUGUCAAUGAUUUUAUGUAUAGGUGUAUAUGUAUAUGUAUAUAUAUAUAUAUAUAUACACACAUGUAUUAUACAGAAGUCAAUUUUUAUGUUGCAUCCAUUUGAUCAAUUUUUCUAACUAGUAUUAUAUAAAAUAGAGCAGUCUAAAAACAAAAUUAUAUCUGUGGAAAAUCUUUAAAGAGUUAAUAAUAAUAAUAAUGGUAUGUUAUUAAACAAUUUUGCCCAAAAUACUAUAUUAGGACUACUAGAGCCUUGUUUGUUCCAUGUUAUUUUUAUCUUUAGCUUGCUGAAUUACUUAACAUAACUCAAAUUUUUUAUGUGAAAGAAGCAAAGAAAAUUAAGUAUGAAACUGUAUCAAAAUCAUUGGAGAAAAUCAAAAGAAAUCAUGCAAUUUGAUGUGUAAUUUGACUGGAAAUCAAAUCUAAAAUUUGGAUGCACGUGUAACUAAAAUUUCUAGGUAAUUAUGAUUUCAAUAGCAUAAAAAAUGAGCAAAUUCCAUUCUUAUUAUUUAACAUACUAUGGCACCAUUUCCUAUAACUGUCUCAAAUUGCUGCUAUUGUAAUUUACAAGUAAAUGGCACUGAAAACGCUGCAAUUAGCGGUCAUAGUAAUUGAGUAUGUACAGCAUGUCAUAUUUUAUAACUGAUCUUUAAAUUCUGGGAAUCCAGAAGCCAAAAUUUCUCAUGAUUUUUCUUUCAGUUAAGAAGCAUGUCUAUCAGUGCUGCACCCUUUUCUUUCAUUUUGCAGCAUUCCUUAUGAAGAAGCAAUUCAGGUUCACUCCCUAAAUAAGAUCAUAAAAAUAAAAAACCUCAGUUCCAUCUAUGCAGUGUUUAAAAUUAACUUCUACUCCUGUUGUUUAAAGAUAAUUUUAUAGUUUUUAUUUUAAAAAUCAAUGUAUUUCCCCUAACAACACAUAAAUUGAAAAAAGAGGUAAUUUGAUUGGUCGACCAUACCUAAUGUGGAAUUUUUGUUUAUAUUUCUUGUUGCUACUAAUUUAAAUUAACUAAAUAAUUUAACUUUUUAUUGCUCAUUUCCUUUAUUAUAACAUUCUGACCUAUAUCAAGUAUAUUUGGUUUGUUUAAAGGUGACCCCCAAUUAAUUUUUCAUCUUCACAGUUACCAAACACUUCAAAACUAAAAUGUUCAUACAUAAAAUAGAUUAUGAAAUUUGCAUUUUUCAUAUUUGAAAAUUAUUGAAUUAGUAUUAUACUUGAAAGAAGCAACAUGGCAUGGUGGAUAGGAGGAUAGCCUAAGUUAGGAAGACCUGGGUUCAAGUUCAAUCUCUGAAAUAUGUAUGAAAUAUGUAUGUGUUUCUGAGAAAGUCUCACUCAGUAGCUAGCAUUAAGUGGCAUUACUGCUACUAUACAGAUGAGGAAACUGAAGUUCGGAGGAAUGAAUGAUUCAUACAAUCAUACAGCUGCUAUCAAAUUCCAGAGCCAGAAAUUUAACUCCAAAUCUGGUACUUCUCUUAUGAUAUCCCUUUUCACAUGACCCUCAUCAUCAACAAUAAAAUAUAUUACGAUAAGACAUAAAUAAUAUGGAAGAGUAGGUAAAGAAUUAGCCUCUGAUAAGGAAGACCUUACCUCAAGUCUAAUCUUAGACACAUAAGUGGCUGUGUGCACUCCUACAAGUCAUUUAGUUUCCAUGGUUCAGCCAAUUUCUAGGUCUAAAGUGUGCAGAACUGUUACAUAUUCUCAUUGCUUGGGCUUUUCCUCACUAGGAAUUCCAAUACCAAAGAAAUCACAAUCUGGGAAUAAAAGGGAAAGAAAAAUUUUUAACUAAACUAAGAUCUGAAUUAAGAACUUCUUCAAAAAAAGUUGAAGAUGCCAUUAGAAAAUCCUGGUGAUAAAUACAUACACAUAGAUUUCAUACCUUCAAGUGUGCAUCUUUUAAAAAAGUGAUUUGAACAAAAUCUGAAAGUAGGGAGAGAAUUUGACAACAUUAAAAGUUUUCUUUUAAUUGAUUGUAUUUCAUAUUCCAGGAAAUUUCAAGUGUGGUUUAAUUUGUAUUGUAAAUGUCAUGAAAAAUCAAUGGACGAAUGGACCAAAUUCAUUGACCAUUUUUUAAAAGUGCUUGCUAUAUGUAGCAUAUUGUGUUAGUUAUUAACAGGGAAUAAAUGUGGAAGAAUGAUAGAAUCUAUUAUCUUUGUUCCAAGAUAUAGAUUUUAGUUCCAUAAUAGAAAGGAAAACCAACUUCCCAACAAUUAAGAGUUGCACCAAAAAUGGAAUGGUUCAUUUCUUCUUUUAGUGAAUCUUGAGUCAUUGAAGAUCAUUAAGUAAAAAAGUAAAUGACCUUUUAUUGUUUGUCAUUGGGAUCCUUAGCUUGGGUAAAAGUUGAACUAAAUGGCCCAGACUCCUCUUCAAAUGGAAACUUCUCUGAUUAUUAUUAUUGUAACAAUAACUUGCAUUCUUACAGUACUUACUAUGUGCCAGAAAGUGUGGUGAGCUCUAAAAUAUUAUCUCAUUUGAUCCUUGCAACAACUCCAUAAGAUAGGUGCUUAUUAUUCCCAUUUUAAUGUUGAGAAAACCAGAGAUUAAGUGAUUUGUCUAUGGUAACACAGCUGCUAAGUGUCAAAGGCAAGAUAUGAACUUUGUCUUCUAACUCCAGGGCUAGUAUUUUAUUCAUUAUAGCAUUUAAGUGCUUCUCAAUUCUAUACAAAACAUAAAACUUAUAAUCUAGUAUGGGGAUAUCAUAGUCAUACACAAAUAAAUGUUAUCUAAAUAAUGAAUAAGUAUAUAAGAGUGGAAUAAAUCAACUGACAAGUGAAGUCUGUGGAAGUCUAAAAAUAAUUAGGGUAUGGAGGGAGGGAGGGAGGUGGGAGAGAGAGAGAGAAAGAGAGAGAGAGAGAGAGAGAGAGAGAGACAGAGAGAGAGAAGAGCAAGGCUUCAUGGAAGAUAGGAUAUGAAUUGGCUUGAAAGGAUAGGUGGUGGUUCAGCUGGAAGAAAAGGCAUUUCAGACAUAGGGAAUGGCAUGAGCUAGUCAUAGAACCGGGAAAGUAUAGCAUUUAUUUGGGGCUUAAUGGUUACUCUAGGUUUCCUGGAACACAGAACAUAUGGAAAAGAGUAGUAUGAGUUAACUCAGGAAGAGAGGCUUCAAUUAAAUUGAAUGAGGUAUUCAAUGCCAGACUCAAGAGGUUGAACUUUAUUUAUCAGGUAAGAGGGUAGCCACUGAUGUAUCUGUGAGCAGAGCACUGCAUAAACAUAUCAAUUCAAAGAAAAUUAUUUUGUCUGGUAUUCCACUGUAGAGCAUCGUUUUCCAAAAUAUCUUAUAAUCCUGCCCUGAAAAAUUGAAUUAUUAGGUCACUACAUCAUAGAACUAUUCUGUGAUGAACUAAAAAGGCUAAUACUGUUUCCAGUGAUACUUCAUUUUAAAUAAGGGAGUAAUAAAUGUCCUGAGAGAAUCUAUUUGAAUAUAUUCAGGUUCUGAGUAGUAGAGAACAUCUUUUUUAAAUAUAAUUUCAUAUGUUAAUAAAAGCAUUCAAAACUGUUUUCUCACUCUAAUUCUAAUUAAUAAAUUUUUGCCUUGUACAUUC